UCACAACUUUGCCUGCUGUGGUGAGAAAACUAGGGAAGUAAACAGACACCGUCGCUUAUUUUUGACGUCACUUUUUACCCUCACCGCAAACAAGCCUCAUCGAACACACAAAUAUACCGCAGCUGAACGGAAGAAUUGAAAUCGACUAGGAGGAUGUACGUGGACCCUCGCUGGCUGCUGCUCCUGUCUGUCUCUCUGGAGGUGUGGGCGGUGCCUAUCGACCACAAGGUCCCCCCGGACACCCAGCAGCCCCCGGAGGACAAUGUGGACACAGGCCUGUACUAUGACAGGUACCUGAGGGAGGUGAUCGAGGUGCUGGAGACUGACCCUCACUUCAGAGAGAAACUACAGACAGCCAACACAGAAGACAUCAAGGUGAGGCUCCCUCCAACAGCCCUCUCCUUCAUCUCCACUCUGCCCCCGAGAGAUCCACACCGACUUUCAGACACAGUCUCUCUCCUUCACAAGCCCCUGACCCGGCAUACCUCCGCCUGCCUCUGCUGCUCACUGUGCUCGUCUCGUCUGUGCACUGCCUCUAAACCUGCCUCUAAAACCUGCCUCUAA